CAUCGUGUUUCAGGAUAUGUUGAUUCUUGAGUUAACAUUUUCUCUUUGAAAUUUUUUUAACAUGCAGUAUUUCAAAGAACAGCAUGUAUACUGUGAUGCAGCCUCGGCUUGAUGUUCUUCUUUUUGAAAUCGUUUUUCCUCUUAUGUGCUUUAAUGAUAAUGAUCAAAAGCUUUGGGACGAAGAUCCUCAUGAAUAUGUUAGGAAAGGCUAUGACAUUAUUGAAGACUUGUAUAGUCCUAAGACGGCCUCUGUGGAUUUUGUGAGUGAGCUGCUUCGGAAACGCAGGGAAGAUAAUUUUCAUAAAUUUGUGCAAUUCAUAGUUGAAAUUUUGAAAAGGUAUGAUGAAGCACCGGUAGAAUACAAGUCUUAUAGACAGAAAGAUGGCGCUCUUCUUGCUAUUGGGACACUCUGUGACAAAUUGAAACAAACCGAGCCCUAUAAAUCUGAACUUGAGCGUAUGUUAGUGCAACAUGUAUUUCCAGAGUUCGGCAGCCCCGUUGGUCAUCUCAGGGCCAAGGCAGCAUGGGUUGCAGGACAAUAUGCCCACAUUAGCUUCUCGGAUCAGAACAAUUUCCGAAAGGCAUUGCAGUGUGUUGUAUGUGGAAUGCGAGAUCCUGAACUUCCUGUCCGCAUUGAUUCUGUUUUUGCUUUGCGUUCUUUCAUUGAAGCUUGCAAAGAUUUAGAUGAAAUUCGUCCUCUUCUCCCUCCACUCCUUGAUGAGUUCUUCAAACUUAUGAAUGAAGUUGAGAAUGAAGACCUUGUGUUUACUUUGGAGACUAUUGUGGACAAGUUUGGGGAAGAAAUGGCUCCUUAUGCACUUGGAUUAUGCCAAAAUUUGGCAGCUGCAUUUUGGAGGUGUAUGAACUCAGCCGACGCUGAUGAUGAAGAUGAUGAUCCAAGUUCUCUGGCUGCAGUUGGUUGCUUGCGUGCCAUUAGCACAAUACUUGAAUCAGUGAGCAGUCUUCCCCAAAUUUUUGUUCAAAUCGAGCCUACUUUGCUUCCCAUAAUGCGUAGCAUGUUAACGACCGAUGGUCAAGAGGUUUUUGAAGAAAUUUUGGAAAUUGCAUCAUAUAUGACUUUUUUCUCUCCAACAAUAUCAUUGGACCUAUGGAGUCUUUGGCCAAUAAUAAUGGAAGCACUAGCAGACUGGGCAAUUGAUUUCUUUCCAAAUAUAAUGGUUCCUCUGGACAAUUACAUUUCAAGGGGAACUGUUCAUUUCGUUACUUGCAAAGAACCUGACUAUCAACAGAGUUUGUGGAAUAUGAUUUCCUCUCUUAUGGCAGAUAAAAAUAUGGAGGAUAGUGAUAUUGAGCCAGCCCCAAAGCUUAUUGAAGUUGUCUUCCUAAACUGCAGAGGACUGGUGGACCACUGGGUUGAGCCGUAUCUCAGAAUUACAGUUGAACGCUUGCAUCGAACUGGAAAAUCAAAUUUAAAGUGUCUUCUCAUGCAAGUGAUUGCAGAUGGUCUAUACUACAAUGCUGCAUUGACUCUCAGCAUAUUGCAAAAGUUAGGUGUUGCAUCAGAAAUCUUCAAUCUUUGGUUUCAUAUGCUACAAGAAGUCAAGAAGAGUGGCGUGCGUGCUAAUUUUAAAAGGGAACAUGGUAAGAAAGUUUGCUGCCUUGGUUUAACAUCCUUGCUGGUACUUCCAGCUGAUCAAGUGCCAGGAGAGGUUUUAGGCCGGGUAUUCCGUGCCACUCUUGAUCUUCUGGUUGCAUACAAAGAUCAAGUUGCAGAAGCUGCAAAAGAGGAGGAAGAAGAAGAAGAUGAUGAUGAUAUGGACGGCUUUCAAACUGAUGAUGAAGUUGAGGACGACAGUGGUUCUGACAGGGAAAUGGGAGCUGAUGCUGAAGAUGGGGAUGAAGCUGCCAGUAGUAAUCUUAGAAAGUUGGCUGAUCAGGCAAAGUCAUUCAGGCCCAAUGACGAUGACUCGGAUGAUGACUUCAGUGACGACGAAGAUUUGCAAUCUCCAAUUGAUGAGGUGGAUCCUUUUAUUUUCUUUGUGGAUACAAUGAAAGUGAUGCAAUCAUCAGAUCCAAUAAAGUUUCAGAACUUGACCCAGACACUUGAGUUCUCUUAUCAAGCUCUUGCAAGUGGUGUUGCCCAGCAUGCUGAGAUGAGAAGAGGUGAGAUUGAGAAGGAAAAAGCAGAGAAGUCGUCAGCUAUCACAGAUUCUUAAGCUUUUGGGUGUACAUUCUUGGUUCUUGUUUUGCUGUUAUGCUAUCGGUUUUUUCUCUUGCACCGAUACUUUGUAAGAGAUGCAUAUAGAGUUAUACAUUUGAAGCAUUUAUUGGCUCGGUGGUCCUAGUUGAUCUAUGAGUCAAGAGUUUGCAGUUUUGAAAUGCCUUAAGAGUUUAGUAGGCUGAAGUUCCCAUUGAUUUCAGAGGAUGUCGGAUUCAGGAAACUGGAGUUUAGUGCUUCUGGCUACCUUUGGAUGAAAGUAUCAAUUCUUUUCACUUUUUGUGGAUCCUUCAUUUCAAGUCUCCGAUUGAAGUUUCACUGUUUCCAUCAUAUGGAAAUCCUUGUCCCAUUAGUGUAGUAGUGGCUUCAUGUCAAGUUCUGUGAUGUCUUUCUCCUGUCACAUCGACGGGGAAACUGAGGAGGCAUACUGGUUUGGCGCAUUGGCAGUUUUUGUUGAGAUAGUUUUGGAAUUAAUUUUUUGUAUUUUGACCAUUUUUGGUUAUAAUAAUUUUAAGUUGAGAGUCUAAAUCCACCGCUUAUUGAUUAAGGCGUCAGUUUUGGGACUAUGCAUUGUUGCUUGCUUACUGCAUAUAUUGUAUAACAAUUAUACUGAUCAUUAAGGAGGAUUAAAUAUGUUUUUGGUAA